ACGACACGGUCAGAAAGGAAUCCAGGACAAUUUCUUCUCCCCUUUCCUCGGACAUGAAGCUAACACUAGUCGUCACCGUCUCCAUCUGCCUUUGUCUGCCGUGUCAUGGGGACCCACCAAAGCCGUCGUCGGACGACUUCACACCGAGCUCGCCGCUGUCCAUGCUGAGAAAGGCCAUUUUCGGAACCCGUGCUGCGGAAGAGUUGUUCAUCAGCCGUGUGGCCUCUGCAACCCAACGACUUGCCGCCGUCGUGAGUAAUCCCGCGGUCACCAGGGCACUGCGAAGGUACUACGUCUCGCUGCUCCGCAGUCCUGAUUUUAAGGGCCUCGUUAAGUCCAUCGAUGCCGGGGUCCCGGGCGGAAAAAAGCCGAACGCCACCCUGACCUCAAGCCAAAAGACGAGCGCAUCUAAAAGUACGCGUGCUCCGACAAGACCGACAUCGACAACGAGCACGCCUGCUCCGACAAGACCGAUAUCGACAACGAACACGCCUGCUACCAAGAAGAUGACUAACGAGGUAAAAACUACGACAUCGCAAACUGAGUACAAGUACUACUUCGACCCCGAGUUGGUAACCCUGCCAGGACGCUCGAUUGCGGAAAGUACCGUUGCGUCGCUCGUCGGCACGCAUAGGUACAAGCAUUACUACGGUCCCAAGAUGGCGUCGAAGCCGCAGAGUGACGUCCGCAACCAUGUGGAAGACGGUGGACCGUUGGGGUUCAAGCACCAUGAGAAGUUCCAUAGGUCGCGACGGACGAUCCACGUGCGGCACGUCGGAAGUUACAUAGAUGCGAUCCGUUGGGACGACGUGGACAGCUGCGUCUCCUACCUCGUCUGCGAGAUGUCCCGUGUCCCAUGGCGCUACGGGUCCUUCGGAGUCAAGGUUGAACGUUUCUUUAGGUACCCCGUCUGGGACUACGGAUCCUCGGCGUCUCACUACGCCUCCAUGGCACGCCACGGACGUCGGCUGGGCGGUUGCCGGGGACGCAUCACCAGCUGCCGUCGACCCCUCGGACCCAUGGUGCAAGAGGGCAACAUGGUGGUUCAUCGACGCGGCGGGUUCUGA